AUGCCGGAAGUGGUGUUUUAUGAUAAUGCUUGCAGGUUAACUGAGCACAUUUACACCGGGGAUUCUGACCCAUCCCGUUUCACCGGCACUGUCAUUCCGGUGGACCCGUUUCACCACCGAUCUCACGCUGAAACGGAUGAAUUUUGCAAAAUGUUUACCGACCCGAAACUGUUUCCCGACAUUCAAGAGGAUGGUCGAUGGAUUUUCAAUGCAUCCGCGGCAGAGCUGACAAACAUUUGGUAUGGCGCGUUUGCUUCAAUGUGCCGUAACAUGUCGUCACUUGCGUACAAUUUCUUCUUGGAAGAAAUGGUUUAUUUGAGAAAUAAAUGGCUAACAAACAAACUGCACAAGCGAGCUGGGGUGGUGUAUAUUGGGGAGGGAGCCCUCUAG